AGUUAAAGUGUAUUAAUUUUAAAAGAAACAAAAAUCGAAGGAAACAUGUCUCUCGUGCCACUGUUUUUCCGCGACUGGUGGGAUGACUUCGAUCAUCCAAUGAGGCUCAUGGAUCAACAUUUUGGAAUGGGCCUAAAUCGAAAUGAUCUUUUAACCUCCUUACAUGCUACACCAUCAUUAUUCCGAGGAGGAUACUACAGACCAUGGAGAAACGAAAUUUCUGCUCAAGAUUCUGCAUCAACAAUCACUGCAGACGAAAACAAGUUUCAAGUGACUUUAGAUGUUCAACAGUUCAAGCCUAAAGAAAUAACUGUGAAAACUAAGAAUAAUUUUGUAAUCGUGGAAGGCAAACAUGAAGAACAGCAAGAUGAACAUGGUUACAUCUCACGACAUUUUGUGAGGCGAUAUAUGCUGCCUGAAAAUCACGAACCAGCCGAUGUCGUGUCCAGCUUGUCUUCAGAUGGUGUUUUGACCAUAACAGCCCCAAAAAGAGCUUUGCCACCAGCAGAAUCAGAGAAAGUUGUCCCUAUUACGCAAGGGGGGCCAAAAGAAGCCAUUAAGUGAAAUCUUCGUUCAUAAGUUUUUAUAUUUGUUGAGAUAGAUUAUAAGAUUUUCACUACAUUUCCAUCCUAUUUUACUACACCAUGAAAUUUUAUAUUGUGUGUAAAUCAUUAUUUUUAAGUUAAAUGU